CAAUAACGAAUAACGGAGGCAGGCAGCAAAAACGAAAACUGAAAAAGUCAAACCCACACGCACACAGUCAAAAAGCUAUAUCGUUUUUGUUGUUCGUUGGUCUGAAAAAAAGUGAAAACUGCGUUUCUUAGCUGAUUGUGCUAAACUUGUCAAAAUCAUGAAGUUCCAAUAUAAGGAAGAACAUGCUUUUGAGAAGCGUCGCGCUGAAGGCGACAAGAUUCGUCGUAAAUAUCCAGAUCGUGUACCCGUGAUUGUAGAGAAGGCACCCAAGGCACGCAUCGGGGAUCUGGACAAGAAGAAGUAUCUGGUGCCAUCGGAUUUGACUGUGGGCCAGUUCUACUUCCUCAUACGCAAGCGCAUCCAUCUGCGUCCCGAAGAUGCCCUCUUUUUCUUCGUGAACAAUGUCAUUCCACCAACAUCGGCUACCAUGGGCUCCUUGUACCAGGAGCACCACGAGGAGGACUACUUCCUGUACAUAGCCUACUCCGAUGAGAAUGUCUAUGGCAUCUACUAUCAUUAAAGGAGAUGGAGAAUGGAGAUGAAAAGAACCCCUAUACAGAAAUCUAUAUAUAUAUAAAUAAAUAUAUUUUACGUUUAGCAUGCAGCUUAUAAAAUACGACGCGAGUUAGCUAAACGAAUUGAUAAAAACAAACAAAAACACCACAAAAUGCAACAAGAAGAACUUAAAAAAAAAUGAUCUGAACAAGAGGAAAUGAGCAAACCGACAAAAAUGAAUUGUUAUGUGAACCUUGUUUAUAUAUAUAUAUAUAACUUUUUCUAUACACCUUAGUAUUUUCGAUUAAAACUAUGCUUUUGUCCUACCAUUAA